AUGCAGAGACCCUUGAAACCAGAAAUUACCAUAACUUACAUUGCUGUUUCAGCUAUAUUCUUUAACAGUGGACUCUCGUUAAAAACGGAGGAGCUGACAAGUGCUUUGAUGCAUGUGAAACUACACCUUUUUGUCCAGAUUUUUACACUGGUGUUCUUCCCAACAGCAAUCUGGCUCUUUCUUCAGCUAUUAUCAAUCACACCUAUAAAUGAAUGGCUUUUAAAAGGCUUGCAGACAGUAGGCUGCAUGCCACCUCCUGUGUCUUCUGCAGUAAUUUUAACCAAAGCUGUUGGUGGAAAUGAGGCAGCUGCUAUAUUUAAUUCAGCCUUUGGAAGUUUUUUGGGCAUCGUUAUAACUCCGCUGCUGCUUCUACUUUUUCUUGGAUCAUCCUCCUCUGUGCCUUUUACAUCUAUAUUCUCCCAGCUGUUUAUGACUGUUGUAGUCCCUCUUAUUAUUGGACAGAUUGUCCGAAGAUACAUCAAGGACUGGCUCGAAAGGAAGAAGCCUCCAUUUGGUGCUAUCAGCAGCUGUGUGCUCCUCAUGAUCAUCUACACAACCUUCUGUGACACUUUUGCCAAUCCAAAUAUUGACCUUGAUAAAUUUAGCUUGAUUAUCAUAGUGUUUAUAAUAUUUUCUAUUCAACUGAGCUUCAUGUUUUUGACUUUCCUCUUCUCUACAAGGAAUAACUCUGGUUUUACAGCAGCAGACACAGUGGCUAUCAUCUUCUGUUCCACGCACAAAUCCCUCACCCUGGGGAUUCCUAUGCUGAAGAUAGUGUUUGCAGGAUACGAGCACCUGUCCUUAAUUUCCGUCCCCUUACUCAUCUAUCAUCCUGCUCAGAUUCUUCUUGGCAGUCUGUUGGUACCAACAAUAAAAUCUUGGAUGGUUUCUAGACAAAAGGCAUUGAAGUUAACCAGGCAGCCCAAAGCACCCGUGAARGUAUAACGAUGGAGGUGGCCCGUGUCACAGUGAAUGUAUAUAUGUACUAUACUGUACACACAGACAAAUGAGACAGCUGGGUAUCUGUGAAUGUUGCUUCAGUGCAUAUUUUAUUUUUAUAUAUACAUAUAUAUAUUAAAAAGAUACCUGUUUAAGUGCCUUACAAAUACAUUUUUUGGCAAAAAUGUUGUUUCCAGAAGCCACUUUGAUGGUUACUGCAAGAGGUUGUACAGUAUUUUGGAGUCCUUUAGUUUUUAUUUUUCUAACUGAGUGAAUGGACCUAAUUACGAGCUGUUUUUCUUCCAUUGCCCCUGCUUUGAAACCAGGGUUCAGCAGCAGCUCUAAGUUUCUGUUUCAAACUGGCCAAAUGACCAGCAGCCUAUCCCACUGCUGGCUUACCCUGAGGAAGAGCUUGCUGAAGGAUUUUUUUCACGAUUGACUUGAAUUGUGUGUGUGAUUCUGUUACACUCCCUAGUCAUAUGACUGUGACAUGCCUUUUUCUUCUGAGUUUGUGUAUUCUCAGCAUGGGGCCAUCCAUUGGAUAGGAGCUGAGAAGCAUGAAUUAUUUGCAUUUGUUGACACAGUUGUCUAGACAUUCCUUCAAAGUUAAUGUUUUUUCAAGAAAAUUCUUUCAAUUCCAUUGUAUGAUAUUGUGCCAUUGUAUAUCUUAAAUGCCUCAUAAGCUUCUUCAAAGAAAUGGUCUGGUGCUUGGGUUAUGAGUGAAGUAUUUGUGUUUGCAGCUAGGACAUCUUUUUUAAUUUACCCCAGAAGAACACUUUUUUUUUUCCUCUCCUUUUCCUUCCACCAGUGCAAUGCACAGAAACCUGCAGUGACAGGAUUUAGGAUGCUUAUAUUUAAACAGAAUCUUUAUUGUAGUAAACCAAGCUAAGUUUUUUAUACUGCCACAUGGUAACGAAUAGCAGUUGAACAGAUGAGCAAGUUGAAGAUUAUUUUUUUGCCAAUUAAAGGGAUCCUUAUAGUAAAAAGGAGCACUAUCUUAGUUAAUUUGAUAAUCAAUGAGAACUUUUUUAAAAAAUCAAGUAUUGCUAUUUGUAAUGAUACUCUUUUAAAAAAUAAAAAAAAAAGACGAUAUAAAAUACUAUUUGUGCAAGUAAAUAGAAACACAGGCAAAUGCUUAGACCUAGAGCCAGUCCCAUAUGUCAUCCAGGAGAUUAAGGUUUCAGAAGGGUGCACUAGUCAGGGCUCUUGAGAUGUACCCAUCUGCAAAAAUUGUGCUGGCAAUUGUGCAUUAAGACAUUGAAAGGAAUGAAAGAAAUAGGUCAAACAGGGGUUGAUUUAAGUGCAGAAGUGUCUUGCGUGUCAUAGUUAACAUUGCACUGAGUUGCACCAUUAACUGCAGGCACUUUGGAACAGAUCUUCAGCAGAUGUAAAUUAUCAUAGCACUGAUAUCGCUACUUAUAUUUACACAAGCCGGUAUCUUUUCUAUGAGAAUAGGCACCUGCAACUUAUCCCCUUACCUUAGUGAAAAAAAUCAUGUUUGGUUUAUCUAGUUUAUUAUUGCUAAUUUAACGGCAAGAAAUUAAGUUUGUUACCAAUCGGCAGUGCUUUAACCCAUGGCCAGUGCUAAGUGGCUCUGUUGCCACCUAUAUCAGAAAUUACCAGGGGUUGAGAGUGAAGCUUAUUCACAGUGAUCAUCACCAAUUGUAAGGAAAUUGCAUAAUGACAGUGUGUGAUGUGUUCAUGCUUUGAAAUCUCCUCUUUCCACGGAGGGGAAUGGAACUGGGCACGGCAAGCCUGUGUGGGAGCCCGUGGGGCUCGCAGUACGGACCCGUGUGUCCCUGCACAGCAUGCCUGGAUCCACCGAGGGGCCAGCCCCACAGGUAACUAGAGAGAACAGCACAUGUGUUCUCGGCACGAGUUUAAGGUUCCCCCUUCUUAAGUAGGCUAACCAGAAAUCAGCUGCAUGUAUGUGUCAAAAUUCCUUUGUCUGUGCUUAAGAACCUGACCAGAGCAGACAGCCCCUGUGCCAGGCAGUUUCCCCUGUGCUGUUUCCUUAAAUCUCUCCUGAAUUUUCAGAGCAUGUAAAGACCUAAUCCCAAUCCCAUUGAAAUCUGUGAAUUGUUCCGUUGGAUUUAAAUGGCAAAGGAGUAAGCCCAAGGAAAAUGCUGAGGGUGUUGGUUUUUUUGUUUUGUUUUGUUUUUGUUUUUGUUUUUGUUUUUGUUUGUAAUACACAGGCCGAAUUCAAGCAUAGAGUUAUUUCUUCCACUUCGUGGUUGUAUCUAUGCCAAGUAGUCAAUACACUGCAAAUACUCUUACUGAGCUACCUCUGAGUACUGAAUCUCCUAUUUUCAGUACAUCCAACAACUUGCUUAAAUUCCAUGGGAAACAUCCUUUUUUCUUUGUUAAAUAUUUUCUGUGCUUAAGACUAUUUCAAACUAUUUUAAGUGAGAGUUUUG